UCAGCACAACACGACAAGAAAACAACCCAACAAUAUUAUUCAAUAAAAUAAUGAAACCCAGCUUAAAAACAACAGUGAGCUGAGCACUAUUUUGAAGUAGCUGGAGCGACGCUGAUGGCGGUGGUGGUUGUGGGGGAAGAGGAUAGAUAACGAUGACCCAAAAGAUAAAAGAGUGACCUUUGAGAAACAGAGAAAGUGUGAGAGGUGAAAAGGGGGAGACAUGCACUAGAUUCAAGCUUAGUAAAACAAUGCUCACUUGUGUUAUUUCUCUUUUACUUCAUCAAAAUCCCCAAGGUCACUGAAUCAUACAGAUUUAACAAAUAGCAGCAAAGAUUUCGUCUCAACAUUUUCAUAGAUCCUUUUGAGCUUCCUCAUAAGUUGAGAUAUCUUGGAACAGUAGUUUACAACAAUGGAAAAUAAAAAGAAUUCCGCUGUCAGUUCUCAUUCAAUGAGCACCUAUGUUGUUGGCUGCUCAUCUUGGGAAAACUCAACUGAAUCUCAUGUUCAGCAUUCAAGCAUUUCUGAAAAUUUAAGCUUGAAGAUGGGACUUCUGCCUCAAUACUUGAAUAACAACAAGCAGCUAAGUUUUCAAUUCCAAGACCAAGACUCAUCAUCAACUCAAUCAACUUGUCAAUCUUAUCCUGAAGUGGCUAGUGCUGGUGAUAGCAAUCUUUAUGAGCAAAGUUUAAUUUCAGCAUCAUCAGGAGGUAAUGAAAUGCACGGGAAGCUUGUUGGAGAUCAUACUAAAUUAGCCGCCCCAAUGGGAACUUUGGAAUGUGUCCUCCCUCCUUCACAAGUUGACUAUAGCAAAUCGAAUGCUCAUAUUCCACUUCAUUAUGCUGAUCCGUAUUUUGGUGGUGUGGUAGCUUCUGCUUACACACCGCAAGCUAUGAUUCAUCAUCAGCUUACAAUGGCUAUGCUCCCUGCUCGUGUUCCAUUGCCUCUGGAGCUUACACAAGAUGAACCUAUCUAUGUUAAUGCAAAGCAAUAUCAGGCUAUUCUCAGGCGAAGACAAUAUCGUGCGAAGCUUGAGGCUCAGAACAAACUCAUCAAAGUUCGAAAGCCAUAUCUGCAUGAGUCUCGACAUCUUCAUGCUUUAAAAAGGGCUAGAGGAAACGGUGGGCGAUUUCUCAACACAAAGAAGCUCCAAGAAUCGAAGGGUAUUACUACAAGCAAUGGACUGGAUACGUGCUUCUCCAAAUCAGAAGUUCAUCAGCUGGAAAAUUACAAAGAUGCUGCUUCGACUGCCUCUUGCUCCGACGUCACAACUGCUUCCAACAGUGAUGAAAUAUUCCAGCAGCCUGAUUUCAGGUUCUCUACCUAUUCUUCUCACAUUGGUGGACCCAUGCCCGGUCAUACUGGCGAUAUGCAAGGUGGUGGGAACCUCCAUCAUCGUCUCUGUGGAUAGAUGAGUUAAUGAAUCCUCAUCCGAGCAGUCCUGUAUUUGGUGCUCCACUGAAAAAUGGUGACUGCUUUGUUCCCAUGGGAAGUCAUCCUUGGCUCUGUUUAAUUUGCUGUUUAGUUUACUUUUAUUAUCAGACCGUUUCAAAACCAUGGACAUGGAUCAGUUAUGUCUUUACAAGAACUUGUAGCCUGCUGUCUUUUUUACUGUUAUGUUUUCGUUCUGAAGACAUUUAAUGAAUUUGUGAUUAGUGGUA